CAGCGCUCGACAUGCACACAGUUUCUCCUAUGAAAACGGUUUCAUUUUAAAAGUUUAAUGUUAUGUAUCCUCCGUCCUGACAGCUUUUACCAUCACUCUGUGCCUCGGUAGAAUGAAGGAGAAAAUGAAGCGACACGGAGCAAGUGUGCUGUUGACACUGUGGAUGAUUUUAGAGUGUACAGAAGCAAAGAAGUAUUGCUGGUAUUUCGAAGGAGGAUACCCAAUCUAUUUCAUAUGUCGCUCGUACGAGGACUGUUGUGGGACACGUUGCUGUGUCCGAGCCCUAUCCAUCCAGAGGCUGUGGUAUUUCUGGCUGUUGCUGAUGAUGGGUGUGCUCUUUUGCUGUGGUGCAGGCUUUUUCCUUCGCAGACGGAUGUAUCCCUCUCCGCUCAGCGAGGAGCCCUCUUUUAACGUGUCCUUCACCAGACAGCCUGUCAGCACGCCUGUCUCCCAGCAACCAGGCUUGCAAGGAUACGUUGACCCCUGCGACACCAUGACAACGGCCUUAGCCCCUGCCUACCCUGGUCAGCCCACCCCAGCCCAUAUGUUGAGCAUGUACCCGCCCCCCCCCUCCUACUGCAAUCAACCACCACCCUCAUACGACCAGGUCUUCAAGACAGCCGAGAAGAAAAACCACAAUGAAUCAUCGCAAUGAAAGAAGCCACGAGAACAGUCCACAUGACUGUUUUCUUUUUUAUUUGCUUGUUGUAAGGACAUCUAUUUUUUGCACGCUCCCAUUUUGUCAUUUAUCCCUUGAUAGGUGCACUAUGGUGGGGUAAUAAAGGAAAUGCAUCCUUGAAAGUUGGAUUUCAAAAGCCAAAAGAAGAAAUGGACUUCUCUACCUGACAGAGGUUUGAAGAACCUCAAAGAAAUGGGAGCGUUUCAACUCUCUUUCUUUGAAAAAUGUAUAUUCUCAUCUACAGUGUGUGAGACGCUCUAAAGCGAACCUUGGAAGAUAGUUACAAAAACACUCACGCUGAGAACCCAGGUGAAAGCAAUCCGUUGUCCUUCAGAAAACAGGUGCUCACUCGGUGGCAGAUGAGAUGCCAUGGAAAUCAUUGAGCAGAUUAAUGCAUGACAUCAAUUCGUUCACCUUGUAAAGUCAUGGACCCAUGAAGCAGGGAGUUGACAUACUGUAGACAUUGACCCGGAUACUGAUCCCAACUCAGUCUUGCAUUUAUCUAAGCCAGUGAAUAUCAUGCAAUCAUGAUAAUGUCAGGUCAUGGAACAGUACAUUCAUGCCACCUAGCCUUCAAAACAGGACAUUGGCUGUUGCUUUGUUCAAAUGUAAAUGGUUUAAUGGGUCAAGACACUCUGCUAUGGGUAAAUGGUUUGGAACUAAUUGGUUUCUUAUAUGUGUUCUCUUUUACCCAGAAAAAUUUGAAAUAGAUGAUGAACUCACAAGGAGGGAGUCUAUUGAAGCCAUGAUAACCAUUUCUGUCACAGCAAGAGAAAGAAAAUGUAUUCACAUCUUUCCAGUUCAUUACACUCAUAGAGCCCUGCUGUUGUGGAUGGGCUAGAAAAUUACAAAAAAAAAAGCAUUUUUUUUUUCAGGGCUUGUUUUGAGCUCAAACCCGUUCAUGGCCCUUUGUGAGUAUCUUGUGAUUUGGUGGAAUUUAUUUGUACAAAUUGAUUAUCGGGGAUACAAUUAUCAUUGAAUUGUGUGCAGUUGAACGACAAGGAUUUAUCCCAGUAAGAAUUCUAACUGCGUUUUAUGUUGUUAAAUGGAGGGAGUGAUGCAUUUAGUGCAACAAAUGCUUGAAAGCAACUUUGGCCAGGCUCACUCUAAUUAGUUUUAGCCAUCUUUAAUUAGGAAUAAUAAGAGAUUUUGUUUUGGAUUUGCACUCUAGCAUUAGCAUUCUACAUGAUUUCUAUGUUUUGCUACAGUUUCCUGGUGAAAUUAACACUAGAAGCGCUACAACAACCGUGCGUUUCUUUCACUUUCACACAAAUUACGGGUACUAUGGCUGUUAAUAACUUCAUAAACUCUUAUUUUUUGCUCUAUUAUUCUCAACCUGCCAUGUUAUUAUAUCAAAACACUUUUACUCUAAUGCAUCAUUUGAAAAAUUAUACAUUUAAUGCUUGUAUUACAGACCCACCUACAUUUACAUGUUUAUUCCAAUGUGAUUAGCUUGCGCUGUAGCUCUUCUGAUUGUUGGAGUGUUGGACUUUGGACUCAAAGACAGAGGCUCGAGCCUAGCGAAACGAAAGUGAAAAGUAAGAAAAAGUGCCAUAGAAGUGACAGGAAAUUGCAUGGUUGCUUCAAUAAAUGUUCUUUUAAUGUCAGAUUUGCUUUGAAAACAUUAUCGGUUUGGUUUAGGUGUUGGUUUAGGGUAAGGAUGUCUGUUUUGUUUACCUCUCAUAUCAUUUUUUUUAACACUUUUGGUUAGGUUUAGGUUCAAGUUUUAGGUUGCAGAGUUAUAUUUAACAUACAUUAUAAAACAUUAAAACAUACAUAAAAUAUUCAUCUUAAAACCUCAUCUGAUUACAACAUAAUUGAAUUUGCUUUUGGCGCCCCCCCGCUGGACAUUUCCAUGGGAAACUGUUGCCAAACGUGUAAUAAAGUGUCAUUUUGCCUCAAAAUUACUGCCAUUGUCAUAUUGAACAAAAGUAAGACAAAGUGAGACAAGACUGACUGCAAAGUUGCAUGUUAUUUUGCAUACUGGAUUCUUACUAUUAAUAUAUCUGGUUCAUUAUUCUGACUGUAACUUGUUGUGGUGACCUUGAGCAGAAUAUACCUUUGGGAGCAGAAAGGCAUCAGGAUUUUUUUUCCCACAAAUAUCACCACACAGCCUGAUUUCGUUCAUAUACAUAGCUAUUUGUACGUUACUAUUUGUAACAUUUAAGCAUACAUGUUGGUAUGAUUGGAUAGACACUAAAACUUACAAUAAGAGCGUUUGAAAGCAUCUAAAAUGUAAAUAUUUUUACAUAUUUACAGCUUUAGAAACGUAAAAUAUUGACAAAUCCUAAAUAUUCAAAAAACUAUGUUUGAAUAUACAAAUCGAUCAUAAAUAUGGUUGUACAUUUUUACUGUUUUAUAGAUAUUUUAGAUCCCUUAACCCUAUCCCAACCUCUAAACAUAACCACAUUUCAACAAUAAAAAAAUAUGUAACAAGUAGAUUAAUGUACAGUAGCAAAAAAUGUUGUUACAAUAUAUUAAUUUAUAUAUAUAUAUAUUUCACAGCCGCUAAUCCCACACCUACUCCUAAACCUAACCAUAGCCAUUUAUUAAGCAUAUAAAACACGUAAAAGGCAGAUCAAUUUAAUCACAAUAAUUUAUUCAGACAAAUGGCAAAAUUCAGUACAAAAGUAGUCCAAAGGGCGAUGCACUGCAUCCGAUGUGCUCCCUGAUGUCAUACAAUAGCAUUGUGUGUGGGAGAGAGUAGAAUUAAAAUUAUGAAUCACUGUUCAUAAUUUUAAUGCACUGCAUAAGUGCUGUCAUAUCUCAUUCAAAUAUACACAUCGCAGAAUACGGCAUGUCACAAACGGUCACGAGACACUUGAGAGCCAAUGAGCAUUCAACAUCUCUGCCAUAAAACGCUUGUCGUAAUGCUUGAGGCGGCAAUUUUUUAAUUUUGAAAGUGAAACCAAUGCAUGUUGAUGGUUACAGCAGGUGCGACGGCAGAUGGAGGCUGAUAUCGUUGAAUAAAAAGCUUGAAUUUGGGCCUGUUCUUCACAGAAAGCAGUGUGAAGAUUGGGAUUACAGCUAUCAAAUGUAUGGAUUAAUUUUAUUGUUGUUUAUGGUGCUUUUUGUGGUUUAUUUUGUUUCUUGACAUAUUCUGAAAACUCUUUUGUGUCCCAUGGCAAACAAAAAUAAAAUUAAAUGAUUAAACGAUUACACAGUUUUUAUUCAUUUUAACAUUUUAAAGUUUAGUCUAGGUUAAAGUGAUAUAAUCCUUUAAAAUGUUGUAUAGGACAGCAGAAAUCACACAGAACUGAAAGAAACCAUUCAAAUGAUGUCAACUGCAUUAAAUAAAUGUGAUGGCAUUUAACUAAUCUCAUUGAUUAUAAAUUAAAUGUAAUUGAUUAAAUCUAUGAAUUAUUCCAUAUUAAUCAAUUCGAACAGUACACAUAAACAUUUGUACGUUUCUAGUACGUAAAAUGAAUAUGUUUAGAUGCUAUCAAUACGUCAAUAUUGUACGUUUCGGUGUCUGUGCAAACGUAAGAGAAUGUACGUUUGCUAAAACCAAACUUUACAUAAGAAUACAUACAAAUUCUCAUUAGAUCACAUUGCACCACUACACUGUUGUUGAGAAUUAGCAGACUGGUCUUUUAGCCCAAUCGGGCAAGGUUUAUAAGUAAAGCAUAAAAAGCAUAAUUUACCAGUUUUACAAAGAACGCCCCAUUGAACACCUAAUAUCUACUGAAAAGGUUAGUUGUCCAUAAAUAGGUCCUGGUAUAUUUAAAGUACUUUGUAUAAAAACAUGUUAAAUGUGUUGCUUUUCAUAGUUGUGGUUACAUUGUUAAUGGUUUCAUUUAUUUCAUUAGCUUGACGUUUAACUAUGCAAAGGAGAAAUGGUGUCUGUUUGCUAAAUGUUAGAAUUUAAUUGUUAAGAUAGGUUAGUGUUUCUUUUAAUCUCAUGAAAUCCUUUUUUGAGGCAUGGUUGGGAAGAUGUUUAAAUGACAAGGUAGAUUUUAACACGACACAUUAUACGGUGUCAAAGACAGCUGUGAAAUGUUCUGCAUCUCAAGCCUUGAGUGACAAAUCAACAAUUAUGCAGCACUAGAAAGAUGUGUGAGCUGUGAUGUUGGGCAUGUAAAAAUGUGGGAAGAUCUGACAAUUUUGUUAAGUAAUUGCACUGUUACCUACACUGUCAUUGACACAUCAACAACCAUGUCAUAGUGAAAAUCUUUUAAUGUCAAAAGAUAGUCAGUUGUUCAUGAACUACAGUAAUAAAGCACACCUCUGUUUGAGAUGUAUUGGUUUACCUAUAACAGAUAUUGUUAACUGCAUUACUGUAUAUUAUUGUAUUACAGAUUUGCAUAUUGGACAGUUAUUGCUAAUUGUAGGUUAGUUGUAUUAUGGGGCAUAGUAUUUCCACAGCAAAAUAAGCUUACUUGUCUGGUUGUGCUGUAGAAUUUUAUAGCCAACUAUCUAAAUUAACUCAACAGCCAAUGAUGGCAAAUGAAUUCAACUACAUACCCAUUAGGCUAAUUAGAGCCAUCUGCUUGGCCCAUUUUUCAGAUUACAAAGG